AUGGCGGCGGGUCCCGGGGGAGCCGGCUCUCCCCCAAUGCAGACGCAUGCCAAUCACCGUCUCUCAUGUGAUAGCUGCUGCCCGUGACGUGCCAAGCCCAUAUGGCCUGGCAUAGAGGCUGGUACCCCGCCUGGUAGAGAUGCCACACUCGCUCCACGGUUCGCAUGGCGCUCUGAAGACGCCGGCGCCCGCCGCCUUGAGGAGCCGCUGCCCCCGCUCCCAGAAGAUGGGGGAACAAUGAAAUAAGCGAGAAGAUUCCUCUUCUCCCCCCUCUCUCUCUUGCCCCCCUCCCCCCCUUCCCCUCCCCUCUCCCCUUGACUCCUCUCCGAGGCACCAUGCUGACCCGCCUAUUCAGCGAGCCCGGUCUCCUCUCGGACGUGCCCAAGUUCGCCAGCUGGGGCGACGGCGACGACGAAGAGCCGAGGAGCGACAAGGGCGACGUGCCGCCGCCGCCUCCGCCUCCGCCGGGGCCCGGGGCUCCUGGGCCCGCCCGGGCCGCCAAGCCAGUCGCUCUCCGUGCAGACGAGGUGCAGGAGGCCGCGCUGGCCGAGGUCAAGGAGGAAGGCGAGCUGGGGGGCGAGGAAGAGGAGGAGGAGGAGGAGGAGGAAGGGCUGGACGAGGCAGAAGGCGAAAGGCCCAAGAAGCGCGGGCCCAAGAAGCGCAAAAUGACCAAGGCGCGCCUGGAGCGCUCCAAGCUGCGGCGGCAGAAGGCGAACGCGCGGGAGCGCAACCGCAUGCACGACCUGAACGCUGCGCUGGACAACCUGCGGAAGGUGGUGCCCUGCUACUCCAAGACACAGAAGCUGUCCAAGAUCGAGACGCUGCGCUUAGCCAAGAACUAUAUCUGGGCGCUCUCAGAGAUCCUGCGCUCGGGCAAACGGCCCGACCUGGUGUCCUACGUGCAGACGCUGUGUAAGGGUCUGUCGCAGCCCACCACCAAUCUGGUGGCCGGCUGUCUGCAGCUCAACUCGCGCAACUUCCUCACGGAGCAAGGCGCCGACGGCACGGGUCGCUUCCACGGUUCGGGCGGCCCGUUCGCCAUGCACCCCUACCCGUACCCGUGCUCGCGCCUGGCGGGAGCACAGUGCCAGGCGGCGGGCGGCCUGGGCGGCGGCGCGGCGCACGCCCUGCGGACCCACGGCUACUGCGCCGCCUACGAGACGCUGUAUGCGGCGGCGGGCGGCGGCGGCGCGAGCCCGGACUACAACAGCUCCGAGUAUGAGGGCCCGCUCAGCCCCCCGCUCUGUCUCAAUGGCAACUUCUCGCUCAAGCAGGACUCGUCGCCCGACCACGAGAAGAGCUACCAUUACUCUAUGCACUACUCGGCGCUACCCGGCUCGCGGCCCACGGGCCAUGGGCUGGUCUUCGGCUCGUCGGCUGUGCGCGGGGGCGUCCACUCGGAGAAUCUCUUGUCUUACGAUAUGCACCUUCACCACGACCGGGGCCCCAUGUACGAGGAGCUAAAUGCGUUUUUCCAUAAUUGAGACCUCGCGCCUGCCCCUUUCUUUUUCUUUUGCCUUUGCCCGCACCCCUGCCUCCAGCCCCCACAGCGCAAGGGCACCCCCACCGACCCCGGUGAGAGGGCGCGGGGAGCGGGCCGCCAGUGCUGCCGCUCUCCUGGGCAGCGCUCUUACCUGCGGGUGGCCCGUCCCAGGGGCCUCGCUUUCCCCAGGGGACUCGCCUUUUCUCUCCCCACGGGGUUCCCUUCUCCUCUUUCCCAGGGAGUAGUUCUCCAGGGACCCCUUUUGGGGCACUCCCUGGAGACCCCCCCAUUCCUAAUCCCUACACUUAGGUUUCCUCUUCCCCUUGCCCACUGCAGGCCCAAAGGCGUUCGUGAGGGGACAGCUGAGCUGUGGGAUACUGUUUUCUCAUUAUUAUUAUUUAUUAUUAUUAUU